AUGGGAAAUUCUUUACCUCAAAUAAAUUCUCAACGAACGAUAAGAACAUCUACAAGUGAAUCAGAAUAUUCAACAUUAAAAAAAUCAACUAGUUUACGAGAAUAUAAUCGUAGUACAUCAUUAAUUACUAGUUGUAUAAAUAAUAAUAAUAAUCGAAGAAACAUUUCAAUUUCAAGGCCACGAACAAUAGCCCCAACUGAUGCCGAAAUAAUUGAUAUUCAUGCACUACGUUGUAACACAUCAAAUACAAAUGAAGGUGAAAAGAAGUUAUUGAAACAACUUGACUAUAUUCAUUCAUGUGUACGAAAAGAUAAAGGUUUAUUUGGUAUGAUGACGGAAAAUUUACAAAAUAAACAUAUUUUUUCAAAUGAUGAACCAGAAAAUACACAUGUAUUAGAACAAACACCAGAUGAUUAUAAUAUGGAUUAUGAAUCAAUUUAUUUACAAACACCUGAUGGAGAAUUUAUACAUUCUUAUUGGAUUUAUCAAAUGGGUGAUGUUAAUUCAACCAUGACAGUUUUAUAUUUACAUGGUGCAGGUGGAAAUAUUUCACAUCGACUUGAAGUUCUACGACUUUUCUAUGAAAAUCUUCAUUGUAAUAUUUUAAUUAUUGACUAUCGGGGCUUUGGUAAAAGUUCGGGCUCUCCAACUGAACUUGGCCUUUAUAUUGAUGCUCAGACAGCAUAUGAUUAUUUAAUAUAUAAACAAAAAAUUUUGCCUGAAAAUAUAAUUGUUCUUGGUACAAGUCUUGGUGCAUCUGUUGCUAUUCAACUUGUUAGUGAUCCAUUAAAUCAUGUUAAAUUAGCUAUAUUUGAAAAUGCUUUUAUAUCUGUACCUGAAAUAGCAAAAUAUUUUUUAACCUAUGCUAAAAGUGUUAUUGGUAUAACAAAAUCUAUUGGUUUUAUUUAUUUAUUUGAUUCAUUAACAAAAGUACGUCGUGUUGAAUGUCCAUGUAUGUAUUUAACUGGUUUACUUGAUCCUAUUAUACCACCAUGGAUGUCAAAUACAUUAUAUAAUGAAACACGUUCAUCAAGUAAACGUCAAUUAUAUGAAUUUCCAUUUGGUAAACAUAAUGAUUUACCAAUAAUGAAAGAUUAUUUUGAAAAUAUACAAACAUUUAUUAAUGAAUUAUCAUUAAAAAAAUCUGACAUAGAACAAACGGUGCUUAGAUAA